GGUGUGUCAAUUUGAACUGAGGAAUUCCUGAACAAAAUUGAUCGUGCUUUUGUGGCUGCAUUUUCACGGAAAUUCGCCAAUUCUAAUAGUGAAACCAUGCAGGAAGUAUCGAGAGUGGUGUGAACUGCCGACUGGUGUCUCAAUAUUGUCCAAAUGUUGGAUAGAUCGUCACAAAACAGCUGAUUUCACGACUUAACCUACAAAGGUAUCUUGAAACUCCGCCACGUAGACUAGCGAGAAUUUAUUUAUUGCGUGUGACUGCCGAACAGGAGCUGAGAGAAAUGAAGACUUCCACGUUUGCUAUUCUAUCCAUCAAUCUGAUAUGCUUUAUCGCUCUGGCCGUGGCCGGAAGGGAUUUCUACUCAAUUCUCGAGGUCAAGAGAUCCGCCUCGAAGAAUGAAAUCAAGAAGGCGUACAGAAGGCUCGCGGCAAAACUGCAUCCGGACAAGAACAAAGAUGAUCCCAACGCUUCGGAGAAGUUCCAGGACUUGGGCGCUGCCUAUGAGGUGUUAUCCGAUCCGGACAAGCGGAAGACUUAUGAUCGUUGUGGCGAGGAGUGCCUGAAGAAGGACGGCAUGAUGGACAACUCUGAUCCCUUCUCCAGCUUCUUUGGGGACUUUGGCUUCAACUUUGGCGGCCACGAAGGGCACGGCCAUCAGGACGUGCCGCGAGGCGCCAACAUCGUUGUCGAUCUCCAUGUGACGCUCGAGGAGCUCUACACGGGCAACUUCGUGGAGAUUACGCGCUACAAGCCGGUGCUGAAGCCCGCGAGCGGCACUCGGAAGUGCAAUUGCAGGCAAGAGAUGGUGACGCGCAGUCUGGGGCCGGGACGCUUCCAGAUGAUGCAGCAGACGGUGUGCGACGAGUGUCCCAACGUGAAGCUGGUGAAUGAGGAGCGCACGCUCGAGGUGGAAGUAGAGGCGGGCAUGCGGGAUGGACAAGAGACGCGAUUUGUGGCCGAGGGUGAGCCGCACAUGGACGGCGAACCGGGAGACCUUAUUAUCCGCGUGGUGACGGCGCCUCAUGAGAAAUUCGAGCGCCGAGGCGAUGAUCUCUACACGAAUGUCACAAUUAGUCUUCAGGAUGCUCUGACGGGCUUCGAGCUCGAGAUUGAGCACCUGGACGGACACAAGGUGGCUGUGCAGCGGGAGAAAGUGACGUGGCCGGGAGCGAGGAUCCGGAAGAAGGGUGAGGGCAUGCCAAACUACGACAACAACAACCUUCACGGCACACUGUACAUCACCUUCGAUGUGGAAUUCCCGAAGCAGGACUUCACGGAGGAGGAGAAGGAAGAUAUUCGCCGGAUUCUCAAUCAGGCGUCCAAUAAUCGUGUGUACAAUGGCUUGAGGGUGUAGAUAAAGAGGCCAGGAUGAUCGUCUGUGUGAGAGUGUAUAUAUGGAGGAAUAGAGCGUUUAAAAUUGAUGAGAGGCAAUUCCAAAUAUGCGAGUGAAUAAAACAAUUCA